AUGGAUACUCUGUUAACCGCCGAAUCGGCGGUCAAUUCACCUCGCUACCGACGCAAGUCGAGCACAUUUGUCGACGCAAUACAUGAUCUCCCAGAAAAGAGCGAACUCGCUCCCGCCCAGCUCUACAGCACCGAGUCCGGACGACUGUUCCAUGCUGGUCGGAUUGCCAUUACUACAGUAGGGCUGCCGGCUCGCGGCAAGACUCACAUCUCGGUGGCACUGGCUCGCUAUUUACGAUGGCUGGGUGUUAAAACCCGGAUCUUUCACCUGGGAGACUAUCGCAGAGCUAUUGUAGGUCAAGGAAAGGAUGUCCCAGAUGAUUAUUUCUUCGUCAACGCAUCGGCGUCGUCGGUGCUGCUGAGGCAGAAGAUCCUCAAGAAGUGCAGAGAGGAUAUUUACCACUUCCUCAACCAUGAAAACGGUCAGAUUGCCAUCUAUGACGCAGUCAACCCCCUGUCUGCUGGUCGCAGGUCACUGGCCAAAGAAUUCGCGAAACACAAUAUCAAGUGUCUGUUUAUUGAGUCAAGCUGCGACGACCAGCGCAUCAUCGAAGAGAACGUCCGCAGUGUCAAAAUUUCCUCACCCGACUACAUAGGUUGGCCCGAGGCCGAAGCAGUCAAACAUUAUCUGAACCGAGUAACUGCAAAGAUUCCGCACUUCGAGACCAUGGAGGAGCCGGACCUCGACUGGAUCAAGAUGAUCAACGCGGGGGAGAGACUAGUGGUCAAUAACACGAGCUUCGGUUACUUGUCACAUCGGAUUGUGUUCUAUCUGUUGAACCUCCACAUCAAAUCUCGACAUACCUAUUUUGCUCGUGCGGGCACCACCUUGGAAGAGGAAUCCUUCAAAGCUGAUGCGCGGCUUUCACCCCAGGGUAAGGAUUACGCCAAGAAAAUGAGUGAGACGUUGCUCAAGCAUCGAGAAGAGGAGAGACGGGCCUUGAUUGAGAAGGGAGGGAUUGACACACCGCUGAAACCACUCAUCGUUUGGACUUCUACGAGACGCAGGACAGUGGAAACUGCAGCAUACCUACAAGACAAAGGGUUCAAAGUGAGGCAAAGGUCCCAGAUGAGCCAGCUUAACCCUGGCGUGUGCGAAAAGAAAUCAGAGCGUAGGAUUCGCCAGGAAUAUCCGGAAGAGGUGGUGAAGCACGAUCUGGACCCAUACCACCACAGAUUCCCUAGAGCAGAGUCUUACCACGAUGUUGCAGUUCGGCUGGAGCCCAUCAUUCUUGAGUUGGAAAGGGAGCAGAACGACCUUCUCAUCAUUGCACACGAAAGCGUCCUCCGUGUGCUUUACGGGUAUCUGAUGGCAUGUAAUGCUCCAGACAUACCCUUCCUCUCGUUCCCACGAGACGAGAUAAUCGAGAUUAUCCCCGCCAGUUACAACAAUGAAGCAAAGCGGAUAAAAAUUGCGAACCUUCCACCCGAGAUCAUUCCUGCCUCGCCGGAAGGCAUCAAGGCGCCCGCGCCACCCAGCGGAUUCGCCACCCCGAUCCCAGGCCUGGGCAGUGGCCUCGCUAGUCCGAGGACUGGGAGAAGUACUCCAGAACCAGCCUCUGGGUACAAGACACCAGAAGACUCUGAGAAUCUCUCGGUGAGGAUGCACGAUGUGGUGUGA